AUGGAUCCCAACUACAAAUUUCCUGGCUCGCCCGGCACGCCACUAUUCCAGGUCUCGCCUGAGCGCGCCAACCGUCAGCAAGAGAACGAGUCGCCUUCCGCGAGUGUGUACCGCGAAAGCAAGAUGCAUUCUAGGGAAAGUUCGGUGCAUGAGAAGGUCGCUGCCUUCAAUACGCUGGCUUUUCAGGGGAAGCAGUUGGAGCGCAAGGCUAAUGAUGCUGCUCUCAAACGGGCCAUGUUGGGUCGAGAGGAGGCAGAGAGUGAGAUGCGUCGAUACAAAGAAGAUGUCCGAGCCUUGAGGAGACAGGUUGAAGAAGGGAAGCUUGAUAGGAUCAAAGUCAGCGAAAGACUGGCUACUGUGAUGGUGCGCUACUUUACUUGCGAGAAUAUUGCGAUGAUUGCUAAUCAUUCCACAGGAACAUUAUCAUCGAGCGAAGGAAACGAACGAACAUACACGAGCGACUUAUGAGAAAGAGUUGAGAAAGUCAAGAAAGGAUGCACUCAAAGCACAGUCUAUCAACAUCAAGCUACAAGAGGAACUGAAAGCAGCGCGAAAUUCUUUACGAAUGGUCGAAUCGGCCCUCGAGCGUGAGAAGGACCGAAGUGUGCAGAGAGAACAAGAAGCUUUUGCUGCUAGAUAUCAACUUGUUGGUGUGCAGGAGGAAGUUACCCAUCUACAAGAACAGAUCAAAGUGGUUGAGCAGGAACGAGAUGCGCUUAGAACCAUUGCUCAGAAUGAAGAAGUUGCAAGAAUUGCGGCUGAAGGGAGAAUGCCAUUACCUAAGGCGCCAGAGGAUGAUGAGUUCGGUUCGCCUAAAAAGGCAAGAAAGUCCCUGGAUCCAGUUACAGUCAUUUCAUCGGCCGUGAGUGAGCAGGAGUUGGACGAGAUGCGCAUGAAAUGGGAAGAAGAACAAUGGCGGGCCAACCGAGCUCACGAUCGAAUCGAGUUCCUGGAACUUGAGUGCCGUAUGAGCUGGUGCCAAUCCACAACCAAACCUUCUGAGGAAAAAACAUCUCCAGCGAAGCCUUCCAGCAACGAUCUGAAAUCACCGAGAACUCGACCAAAUACCGUUUACGUUCCAGAGGAAGGUGUAUUCCGCAGAAGAUCACCUUCUCCCUCUCCCGAACUGUUGUCUACAUCAGAAGUGAAGACAACUCCAGUCUCUGAUCAUCCAGAGUUACAGAAGUCAAUGCCAGUUCUGGAACCACCUACUCCUGAACAUUCUCAACAUAUGCAUUACUCUCGAACACCUUCAUGCGAACCGCCAGCAACCGCCAUGAUAUCAGAAGUGAACCCUCGUACAUCAUUACUAUCUCUAUUUGAUGCACCAUAUACUCCAAGCGUAUUGGAAAUCAGUAUCCCUACCAUUUCCGAUCAAAAUCACAACAUUCGUAUCGUGGAAGAGGAAAAGGAGCAGGCAAUCGAGGAAGUUAUCGAAAAGAAAGCGGAAGAAACAAACGAACAGGCCACCCCUGACGCAGUGGAAGAAACAUUUUACGAAACAGCCGAAGAGACACUGGAAGAGGCCAUCGUCAAGGAGGCAGCCGGAGAGGAUGCAGGCGAAGAAACCACCAAUACCACCGUCAUCAAAACCUUCCACACCAUUUCAACAACAACCCGUAUCCCACUCGCGGGCACACCCGACCUCACACCACUCCCUGUGAACCCCGCCCAUCAAGAUCUCACUCCAACCAUGUCCCGCGAAGAAGCCCUCGCCCAAAUCCGCGAACGAAGAGGGAGAGCAAGAAGUCUAGCUCAGAAUAUAUUGACGCCAAAGAAAAAGAUGGUUGAGGGAAUCGAGAGAAGGGAUAUUAGUGCACCUGCCGUCCGAUCAGUUCCUAGAUCGAGAAGCCAGGCUAGACCUUUGACGACGUAA